GACGGAUCGCCAGCCGUCACGUCGGUUACGACUUACUUACCAGCUGUCAGGCAUCGAUUGCGAACGCUUUUCACUGUUGUCUCCGACUCGAGCAAGGGUGUCUCGCGUCCCGCAAGCGCGCACCGUCCCCCGGGGAGAGUUUUCGCGACACCGUCCCACGGCCGCGCCGCGCAAAUCUGGCCGGAAAUGGACAGUAACACCCGUCACAACACGCUGCCUCAAACGGGUGCUGAUACCGGCGGCGAGACGUCGAAUCAGAAUGAAGUUCCUACGGUUACUGUAGCGAUGCCGUUUAUGCAGGUCGACAUGCUCGGUCAUUCCGGAACGUCCACUGCUGCUGCACAGGCUCUGACAAACCGAAUGGUUGACGGGGAAGAUAUUCCACCUCCGAAACCAGACUUCUCCGCGCCACCCCCUUACGAAGUAGCCACCAAAUUACCCAGUUAUGAAGAGGUUCAGCGUGAGAAGACUCUGCAGGGCGAGCCACAGCCUCAGAUACACAUGCCAGGAAAUAUGAGACCGCCACAGCAGCCUCUUACAAUAUUGGCUAUAGACACCGAGGCUGCGGAAGGAGAUCCAGAGAGCGGGCUGCUCGGCACAGAUUUUAUGUUCUUCACGGCGUUUCUUGUCGCAUUCCUAUUCAACUGGAUCGGAUUUUUGUUACUGAUGUGUUUCUGUCACACUAUUGCCUCUCGUUACGGCGCGUUAGCCGGCUUCGGAUUGUCUCUAACAAAGUGGACGCUUAUUGUUAAACACUCCACCGAUCUUGCUUCGCGAGAGAACUCAUGGCUGUGGUGGUUGAUAAUGGCAUUCGGAGUUCUAAUUUGCGUACGUGCCAUCAUUCAAUAUUUAAACAUCAAACGUGGUUGGAGAUUACUGUCCGGGAGCGCACAGGAGCGUCUACUUUUUUUCUAUUAAAAAAAUCCAUUGAAUCUGCACCUUUUUUUCUUUAUACAACUUGGCUUUAGAGCAAACAGCAUUUCUAUGUGGGGUCGUAUUUGUAUAAUAUAUAAUCAACUUUCUUAAGGAAGAGCAUCAUGUAGAUCGUAAUAUAUAUCGUAUCUAUAUAGAACCAAAACAAGAAUGUUUUUAAUGAUUUGCCAAAUUUUCUGUGUGAAACUGAUACAGCGCAAAUGAAAAGAACAUUAAAGGGAACAUUAAUUGGUUCGUUAUUUGCGUACACACACACUCACACACAUAUGGAAGGCAUAUGCUAUUUUAUGUGAUGUUAUAUAUGAUAGGCUAUGGGGAAAAAGAAAUGUACAUUUUUAUUGCUCAAAAUAAUAUGAACAAUGCUUUAAGUCAAUGAUCUUAUUCUUUUUAAGUGUUGUUCGUUUGAAUGCAGAUUGCUGAAGAAUGUAAUCGCGUGGAGCACAUGUCAAAUUGCAACUUGUGCAAAAUUGACGAGUCAAAAUGAAUCGCAUGAAGAGACAAAAUAUAUAAUUCGUUAUUAUUUCCGAAUAAAUGAUAAACAAAAGUUUUCUGAUACUAUAUAAUACAUUUUAGCUUUAGAAAAGCUUCUAGAAACUGACUACUUACGAAGUAUGAUAAGUGUAUUAAUAUCUUGCUUGUUUAUAUAGUAUUAUAAUUUAUAUAAAUAUAUAUAUAUAUACAUAUAGAGAAUUCUAUCGACAAAGAAUUCUUAGAUAUAAAUAAAAAGUAAUAUUACAUAUAUGUAUUAAAAUUUAUUAUAUAAAGCAAUAUGCGAUUACAUGUUAUUCUGUGAGAAAUUUCAUUGUUAUAUUCAUUACAACGAUAAAACGAAAAGCUAGA